GCCUCCUCUCCAGCCUCCACCCACCUCUCAACCCUCACCCCCUCCGCCCUUCACCGCACCUAUCUCUCCCUCCUCGCGUCCCGCGACGCCCUCAUCGCGUCGCACCUCGUCGCGGACCCGGACCCGGCCGUGCGCGCGCGCGUGCGCGUACCGAGCGAGGACGGCGGGCGCAGGAAGAGCCACAAUGUGUUCCUCACGAGCAGGCACUUGCAUGUCGUGCCGAGGAGGGAGAGGCUCGUGGUGGUGCCGAGGGGCGGCGGCGGCAAGAAGGCGAAGGCGGCGAGCGAGAAGGCCGCCGCCGAGGACGAGCAAGACGAGCACGACAAGGACGACCAGGCCGCCGACCCCGACCCCAACCCCGAGGACGCCUCAUUCGCCAUCUCGCUCAACGGCCUCGUGUACCUCGGGUACUGGGCCGCGUCGAGCGAGUCCGACUGGGCCGACCUGUGCAAGCUCGGGCUCGCACGGGUGCUCACGAGGGCUGGGUACGAGAAUGACGAGUUCGGCGGCGGGGGCGAGGGUGAGGGCGAGGGCGAGAGAAGGUGA